AUGCAUACAGAGACCCCUGUGCCCUCUAAAUCCACUGAAACAACACUGCAGAACAAAGGAUCGACGCCAAUUCUCCACAAUGCGGUGGCCUCCCCUGAAGUAGACCCAAUGGAGAAUAACGACGACAAGAAAUAUCUUACAGGAUGGAAGCUUCAUUCUUUGAGCGCAGCUCUAUGGAUUAGUCUCUUCUUAUCAACGCUUGAGACAACCAUUGUUAGUACAUCGUUGGUCUCCAUCACCAACGCCCUCAAUGGCUUCAUCCUUCGGGAUUGGAUCGUCACCUCCUAUUUGUUGACAUAUACUGGCUUUUUGACUAUUUACGCCAAACUCAGCGAUGUCUUCGGGAAGAAGACAAUGCUUCUCCUAGCACUACUCAUCUUCACAGUAUUCUCCGGCCUCUGCGGUGCGGCAAACAAUGUCGUUGACCUCAUCAUACUUCGAGCGUUCCAAGACAUUGGCGCAUCAGGCAUCUAUGCCAUGAUCCUCGCGAUCGCCCCAAGCCUGGUACCAAUCAGCAAAUACGCAAAGUACAUGGGCGUCAUGUCGACAGUCUUCAUCACCGCAAGUGUUCUAGGCCCUAUCCUGGGUGGUGUGAUCAGCCAGCAUUCGACCUGGCGCUGGGUCUUUCUUCUCAAUCUUCCUGGAGGAGCCAUCGCCUUUGUCAUGGUUUGCUUCUUUCUCCCAGCCUCCGAAGAGUCGUCCAACCUCUCGCUCCUGAAAGUCUUACGGUCAAAGGUUCGAAGGUCUAAUUGGGUUCGUAUCGAUGUGCUUGGAAUAAUCCUUCUCCUUGCAGCCUCAGUUCUCCUUGUGUUUGCACUUGAGGAGGGAGGUACCCGAUACUCAUGGAGCAAUGCGGUUGUCAUAGCCACCCUGGUUCUAGCUGUUGUGCUCUUCAUCGCCUUUUGGUUCUGGGAAGUCUACAUUGAAAAGUCGCCAAGCAAGCAAGAGCCUGUGUUCCCGCCAAGUAUUUGCAAGGACAGGAUAUCAAGCGCCAUGCUGCUGACUACGUGCUUCGUCGGUUUCCCUUUCGUCUCAAUGGUCGUCAACAUUCCGCAAAGAGCUCAAGCAGUGUACGGGAUGUCUCCAUCUCGCGCUGGCAUUAUCUUACUACCCAUGAUGCUCACAUCUCCUGCCGCAACUGUUCUCUCAGGCUACCUAACUGGAAACGCCAAGGUUCCGCCCGCAUACCUGAUAAUUAUAGCUGCAGCGCUGCAGGUCUUGGGCGUCGGCUUAACAUGCUCUUUGCCCACAGCUUCGACCGGUAUGCACGAUGCUCAGUAUGGAUAUGAGGUGCUGAUGGGAGUCGGGUUCGGUAUGUGUCUGGCUACCGUCCUGACCUUUGCUAGAGUGGUGGUUUCUGAAGCAAAUCUGCCUGUGAUGAUGGGUGCACUGACACAGAUCCGUGUUCUCGGUGGCACAGUCUCACUUGCGAUUUGGUAA